AUGUCAACCAGUUCAGUUCAACUCAACAAUCAACAACUGACAGACGCUGGGUGCCGCUGCAGCUCUACACAUAUCUCCGAUCUUCGGCUACCAGACGCAGGUUGUCUCUCCCCGCAAGACUUCCCCGAUUUGCUUUUGCAGCCCUUCGCAUUUGCCAACCCAUUGGAUUAUUCACCGACCACGCUUACUGGUCUGACAUUCCUCACCCGUGCCAGACGGAAUAGAGCGCCCACUCCUUCGUGA